AUGAGCCACCUCUUCAGUCCCCCGCUGGCCGCUCUUACUGCCUCGCCGUUGCUGUACGUGUACAGCCCCGAGAGGCCCGGGCUGCCCCUGGCCUUCACCCCUGCCGCUGCGCUGGCCCGCCCUGGCCGCGCAGAGCCCCCGCAGAAGCCGCCCUACAGCUACAUCGCGCUCAUCGCCAUGGCGAUCCAGGACGCCCCCGAGCAGAGGGUUACACUGAAUGGCAUCUACCAGUUCAUCAUGGACCGUUUCCCCUUCUACCACGACAACCGCCAGGGUUGGCAGAACAGCAUCCGCCACAACCUGUCGCUCAACGAGUGCUUCGUGAAGGUGCCGCGUGAGAAGGGGCGGCCCGGCAAGGGUAGCUACUGGACACUGGACCCUCGCUGUCUGGACAUGUUCGAGAACGGCAACUACCGGCGCAGGAAAAGGAAGCCCAAACCCGCUGCGGGUUCCCCGGAGGCCAAGCGCACUCGGGCGGAGCAGCCAGAGGCCGAAGUGGGCUGCAAUUCAGGGUGUGCGGGCCUGGUUACUGCACGUCCUCCGCGCGCACCGGAUCGUGCUCAGUCCCCGACGGGAGGCACCGCCCGGCCCGCGCUCCUUCCCUGGUCCCGCCCCGAGCCCUGGGACCCCGACGCGGAGCGCACAGCCCAGGGCGCGGGGGCAGCGGCGGGUGGCCAGCGUGAGCGCACUGUGCACCGCCGGGGAUCCCCUCUGCGUCCCGCCCCCAGCGGCUCCCCUAAGGGUUCCAAGUCUAAGAGCUUCAGCAUCGACAGCAUCUUGGCCGGGAGGCCAAAGCCGGCCUCAGGGGCAGAGGCCUCGGGGGUCCCAAAGUCCGUGCCGGGCUUGCUGGGCGCCUCGCUGCUGGCCUCCUCCUCCAGCCUACCACCUCCCUUCAACGCUUCGCUAGUGUUCGACCCCCAUGUCCAGGGCGGCUUUUCCCAGCUGGGAAUCCCCUUCCUUUCCUAUUUCCCUCUGCAGGUACCCGAGGCAGCCGUGCUUCGCUUCCAAUAAGGCGGAUCAGCAGCUGCUUCCCAGCCCCGCGAACCCCCACCUCCAGCGAGCAAAGGCCGCAGCUAUCGGGCUACCGCUUGCCUGCCGGUGAACCGGUGAAGAAGUAAUCUAGGUCUCUGCUCUGGCGACUGUGUGUUUAGAACAGCGUACCCACUCCGGCCAAACUCGGUGCACU